CUGUGGACAGCAGCACUGCAGAGCUGACAGGGUACGCUGAAGACAUUGUUGUGAGCCCCGCCCUCAGUCUCUGGUCAUCUCCUGUACUAUGUCCGCAGUCUCUGGUCAUCCCUUGUACUAUGUCCGCAGUCUCUGGUCAUCUCCUGUACUAUGUCCACAGACUCUGGUCAUUUUCUGUACUAUGUCCGCAGUCUCUGGUCAUCCCCUGUACUAUGUCUGCAGUCUCUGGUCAUCCCCUGUACUAUGUCCGCAGUCUCUGGUCAUCUCCUGUAAUGUGUCCGCAGUCUCUGGUCAUCUCCUGUACUGUGUCCGCUGUCUCUGGUCAUCCCCUGUACUAUGUCCGCAGUCUCUGGUCAUCCCCCUGUACUAUGUCUGCAGUCUCUGGUCAUCUCCUGUACUAUGUCUGCAGUCUCUGGUCAUCCCCUGUACUAUGUCUGCAGUC